CAGUCAACGACUCUCAGAACUUAAGAUUUGAAGCAGAGUAAUCAAUCAAUCAGAGAAGGAAGAAAAGAUGGGAGCUUUAGGGAAGCUAAUCGACGGAGCUCUCUUCGUAUACUUCGCUUCAAUGGCGAUAAUUGCGCCGCUCAUCGACGGCCAAACCUCACUUCCUUCAGGAAUCUACCCGGCGUUUCUCACCGAUCUGAAAAGCAAGUACAUUGCCGAUUUCGGAGAUUACUUGCUCAUGGAGAAGCCGCAUUUCUUAGUUGGACUCGUUUGGCAUGAGCUUCUCUUCUUAUGGCCGCUCUCAGUUGCUAACGUCUAUGCGAUUCUUGCCGGAAAGUCGUGGUUUGGUACCACCUGCUUGUUGUAUGGAGCUUCCGUCGUCACUUCCAUGGCCGCAAUCCUAGGAGAGAUGAUAGGUUCGGGGAAGGCCUCUGACAGAUUGCUAAUGAUGUAUGUGCCUUUCAUGGGUUUUGGGAUUCUGGCUGUUCUUCGCGGUUUAGUUUGUCGAUCCACCAAAAACACUGGUUCUGUUGGCAAGAGAUCCACCAUCAUGCCUAGAAGAAAGCUGGCCUGAGAUACAGUUGGUUUUCUCACUCUGGAAUGCCUACUUGUACUUUUUCUUUAUGUGCCGGCUUAUGAAGAAGUCUAGCUAGAGAGAGGUAUUGGUUUUUCCAUGUGAAAACGUUAUUGCUUUCUGAUUUCUAUGGAACUCCUGUUUGUUUGCUCGACAACAAUGAAAUUUUUCCUUGGUUGAAAUCAAA